GCGUACGGAAUGCUGGCUUCUUCCCUCUAGGAGGUGGGGACAAGCAGGGGGAGGAGGAGCUCGCUCCUUGCGACCCGCCCAUACCAGUCUGGCCUGGAGCUGAGGUGUCCUGGUCGCCUGCACGCGCACAGCCUGUCCUGGUGCCCCGGUACCCCAAGCAGGUCUGGUCAUGUCCCUGCGCCCUUUGCUCUGGCCGCUCCAGCUGCUGCUGCUGCUGCUGCUGCUGCUCAAUGGGGCGGUGUGCCGAGCUGAGGCUGGGCCAGAAACCGAAAGUCCUGUCCGGACCCUCCAAGUGGAGACCCUGGUACAGCCCCCUGAAUCGUGUACAGAAUCCGCUGCCUUUGGAGACACGCUCCACAUCCACUACACGGGCAGCUUGGUAGAUGGACGCAUUAUUGAUACCUCCCUGUCUAGAGACCCUCUGGUGAUAGAACUUGGCCAAAAGCAGGUGAUUCCAGGUCUGGAGCAGAGCCUUCUGGACAUGUGUGUGGGAGAGAAGCGAAGAGCAGUCAUCCCUUCUCACUUGGCCUAUGGAAAGCGAGGGUACCCGCCAACCAUCCCAGCGGAUGCAGUGGUCCAGUUUGAUGUGGAGCUGAUUGCAUUGUUUCCAGCCAACUACUGGCAAAAGCUGCUGAAGCGCUUUUUGCCUCUGGUAGGCAUAGCUAUGGUGCCGGCACUCCUGGGUCUGAUCGGGUAUCACCUAUACAGAAAGGCCAGCAGACCCAAAGUCUCCAAAAAGAAGCUGAAAGAAGAGAAACGAAACAAGAGUAAAAAGAAAUAAAUAGUGAUCUUUAACAAAACUUUGUAUUCUUCACUUGAUUCUACCACCCCCUUUUUCUUUAACUUUUUACUGUGUGUGUGUGUGGGGGGGCUGGAACGUGGAGGUCGGACAGCACUGUGAAGUU